GCCAAAGCAAGUUGGUUUGGCUAUGUUCGCCUACUUUUCUACAAACUUCUUCCAAUUAUCGUUUAAAUGUUAAAAGUUAAACACCAGCAACGAUUAGAAAGAUCUUCCCAGUUGUUCAGCAGCGACAAACUGAAGUUAAAUAUGAAUCGCUAAGUUAACGUCUUCACCAUGGCAACCAACCAUGGUAACCAACGCGGCCAGUGAGUCGGAGCCGGCUCCUGAGAGAAAACCCUUGCUUGUGGAUAAAGCUGGACACACUGAACGAACAUUCGGCUAAUCUUUCAGAGCUACUAUACUGCAGAAAAACUAACAUUAUGAAUGUUUGUUAGACACGUAUCUUUUCAAAUGCUGCUUUGAUAGCCAUUUUCAUACAGGACUGAAAUUUUUGCCAGCAGUCUUGUAACACAGGCAGCUGCAUUGUUCUUAUUUUUGUGUGCUGUGUGAUUCCACCCGAGAUUUAAACUGCAUGAAUAUUAAUCAUCCUGCUGUGCAGUCAUUGCCUGAAUAAUGCACAAUCACGAUGUGUGCAGAAUGUUUUGCUCUGCGGCAGUACAGUGUAUGCUAAUAUUGUGUGUGAACAGGCGCUAUCGUGACCUACUAAAAAAAUAGCGCUUCCUAUGUGAAAACAUCAUUGUAGCUACAUAGAGAAGACAUACACUGCUGUGGAAUUUGUCAGUAUGCGUUCAUGCUUGUGGAUCAGUGUUGCAGUGGUUGCAUACUAGAUGAGAAAGCCACUGCUCAAAUGUAGGUCACUGGAUUUAUCAGUCAGAGUGGAUCAGGAGAGAAAAGAUUAUCUAUCUAUCUAUCUAUCUAUCUAUCUAUCUAUCUAUCCCUCUAUCAUCCCUCUAUCUAUCCAUCCAUCCAUCCCUCCAUCCCUCUAUCUAUCUCUCCAUCCCUCACUAUCUAUCUAUAGACAACUUUGCACCCUUUUACUCUGUGUAUGUUCAUAAUUUGUUCUUGCCAUUGUUUUCUUUUCUUUCUUUAAGCUUCCUCUCUUACAUUUGAGAUUAUUGCAGCUGUGCAUUUUAAAAGGACUUGCUGGAAAGUUGUGUGAUAACUGGGAACCCCUUUUCAACAUGAUGCACACUAUUCCCAGGCUGACCCACUUGUAUUUUAGUCAAUUCAUACUUUAUCUAAACAUGGUGACAUUGGCCAGUUCUCUGAAUAACCAGAUACCGAGAAAACAUAAAAAUGUUUUGGCAUUUUACACAGACUUUAAUAUUAGUUUUCACUUAAUUUUGAUGUGGUACAUCCAUCAACAUUAAAGGUUAGGCAGGAAUUCACUAGAGAUUAUACAGACCAUACAGUGCAUUGGUCCCCACAUACUGAUGAUGGUGUUGUUUUACUGAGUCACUGUUGGUGGUGCUGUUGCCUAAGCAGACUCUGGUUUGUCUCAUAUCACCCAGAUCACAAAUCACCAGUCCUCGAAGUAAAUGGGCGAUGUUUAUGUGCAUUCAUUCACUAAGACUCUAGUAUGGAUGGUGGCAUCGUGUGGAUUUGACUGAGGUAUACGGUCCAUAUUGUAAGCGAGAUACAAGGCUUCUCUCUCCCUAUGCGGAUAACUGUGUCAUUUUGGAUCUGAUAUUCCGAAGAGCAAAGGCACCUCUUCGGAUUGGAGAGUCUCCAUUUUGCUUUUCUGCCUUGUUGGCUCUGGCCGUAGUCUCCUUCCUCUUCAUCACGUGUUUAGUGGUUAUUAUAUCAGUGAAGAUCUACAGGUGGAGACAGUCUUGCGUCCUGUAUCACUCCAGUCUCCCUGUGAUUCCAUAUUAUCCACCACGUUACUCAGACACUUUGUGGACAUGCACUCUUCAACACGUGUACAACUAUAUGGUAUGCAGGACGACUGACUCCAGAAAGAGUGACGUCUAGUAUAUGCAACUGAUGAGUCAAAGUUUGGUUAGUGGGGAUGAUGCUCGAACAGAAAGUCUGCAAAAUGGAGAGCAGUCAUCUCACAUGUCUACUCUGGUAAGUUGGUCUGUGGGACUUUAUGCAAAUCAUAUCAGCUCCUACAUCUGUGAGCAUUAUGAUAUGUUGAUAGAAGGUUCACUUCAUGUGUUUGUACUGAUACAACUAAUUGUUGCUGGAGUAGUGAACAUAUAAAACCUAUGUUGCUGGGUGUGAUUUAUGGACGGGUAGUCCAUUCUGCAGCUCUAUCGCUGUCCAAGGUGCUGAAGUGCUGAUUUGCACUGAUCAGACUCUUGUUAUUUGAGGACGUUGCACUGAUUUGACUUUGAAGACAGCCUGGUUGAAUUUAAUUCCACACUUCAGUAACUAGGCCUGAUAAUAAUAACCAUAAUCUCAAUAUUAUUCAUAAUAAUGUUAAUAAUAAUCCUAAUAAUAAUAAAUCUAGUGUUAUUUAGUUAAUCUGAAGCAUUUCAGUAUGUUAGUGGUUGGUAAACUGUAUUUUUACUACUGCUACCUUGCUAGCUAGUGUAUUUUGAAUGCACAGUUCACAAGACUGUCUUUAUUUGUAUUCAAUUUAUUUAUGUACACAAUUUAAUUCAAUUCAAUUUAUUUUUAUAUAGCGUCAAAUCAUAACAAGUUAUCUCGAGACGCUUUUCAUAUUGAGCAGGUCUCUAUAUACACACACAAAGAUUUAGUUUUGUUUAUCUUUUAUAGAGACAACUGCACCGUUGAGGGGUUGUCUUACAUAUUUAUCAUUUUGCCCACAGAAAAAGGAGCUUUUAUUUGUUAUGUAGAUGUUUCCUGGCAAGAGAGACCUUUUCUUUAUAUUGAUUUUCCUCUUUUCAUGAAGACAAAUAAUAUACCUGGCAUUAAAUUGAGAAAUAAUUAACGUGUUUUUUUAUUUCCAACUAUACCAUUACUAUAUGGUGAAUAUCAUCCGAAAUGUCUGGUCAUACGAGUUUCGUAUUUUAGCCUCUAAGUGACGCUGUUGUCUGGUAGAUCAAGUCUACAGUGCAGUGUGAGGCAGGGCUUUCCCCUCCCCUGUCACUGCGUUAUACAAGAGGAGAUGAUCUGUGUUUCAUACGAGCUGGGGCUCAUCGGGGAAACAGUUGAUUUACAUUUCUAACGCUAGUUUAAAUGAACCUGGGAUGUACGCGUUUUCCUCAGUGAGUUGAAAUCUUCAUUCCGUUGUUCGGUUUGCUGUAAGACCCUGUUUUCACAUGGCAUCUAAAGAAAACCCUCGAGACGGAGGAGAAAGAUGGCGAUUGUGUGGACCAUCGCGAGGGGCAGUGUAUCUGUUUAUUUUUCAGUUUAUUUUUCUCCAUCAAGCGAAGGCACAGAUCCGAUAUUCAAUCCCAGAGGAGAUGAAGAAAGGGUCCCUUGUUGGUAAUGUCGCACAGGACCUCGGUUUGGAUCUGAAGAGGCUCCGUUCUGGCCGGGCCCGUAUCGUGACCGGAGAAAACAUCCAGUACACCGAGCUGAAGACAGACAAAGGGACGCUGGUCGUGAAUGAGAGAAUAGACCGAGAGCAGCUGUGUGGAGACGUAACGCCGUGCAGCUUCACCUUUGAGAUCUUAUUGGAAAAACCAAUGGAGUUGCACCCUGUGACCAUAGAAGUACUGGACGUAAACGACAACGCUCCCACUUUCCAAAACAGUCACUUGAAAUUUGAAAUAAGCGAAUCGGCUGUGCUUGGUUCUCGUUUUGAUUUAGAGAGUGCGGACGACGCUGAUGUUGGGGAAAACACUCUGCAGAAUUACAUUUUGACUCCGAACGACAAUUUUGUUUUGAAACAACACGUUAAUCCGGACGGCAGUAAAUAUGCUGAAAUGGUGCUUCAGAAAGCCUUAGACAGAGAAGAACAGCCACGCCUGUCUCUGAAGCUGCUGGCUGUGGACGGUGGAAAUCCACAGAGAUCGGGUACAGUAAAUAUAGAUAUCAAUAUCCUAGAUGUCAAUGAUAAUGCUCCUGUGUUUAACCAGUCUGUGUAUAAGGCCACGGUGGUUGAAAAUGCACCAAAAGGCACACAUAUUGUUACUGUGAAUGCAAGCGACAUAGAUAGCGGUUCAAACGGAGUAGUAACGUAUUCAUUUUCUAAAUCAAAAGCAGGUAUAGCUGACUUGUUCAACAUAGACGAAGCUACUGGGAGAAUAUAUGUGGCAAAGGAAGUAGAUUUUGAAAAAGACAAAAAAAUUGAAUUCCGAGUUGAAGCUAAAGAUCAAGGCAGCCUGACAGAUUCUAGCAAAGUUGAAAUUGAGGUAAUCGAUGUAAAUGAUAAUGCUCCGGUCAUUAACGUCAUGUCAUUCACUAGUCCUGUGUCAGAAGACUCCCCUGCUGGUACCACCAUUGGCAUAAUUAAUGUUAAAGAUCUCGAUUCGGGUGAAAACGGACAAGUUAGAUGCACGAUCGAAGGCAAUGUUCCUUUUAAAAUUAAAUCCAAUGUGAGGAAUUAUUAUGCAUUGAUGACUGAUGCUGCAUUAGAUCGUGAACAUCUGUCAGAAUGUAACAUCACUGUUAUUGCCUCAGACGCAGGGUCGCCCCCACUCUCAACUAAAAGAACCUUUUAUCUUAAGGUCUCGGAUGUGAACGAUAAUGCUCCUGUAUUUCCACGAGGCUCUUAUAGUGCAUUCAUCACAGAGAAUAACUCUCCGGGUGUAUCUGUUAUAAGUGUUAAUGCUAAAGACCCGGAUGAAAACCAGAACGCCCGUGUUUCCUAUAUUUUGGAAGAAUCUGAGAUAGGCGGAUCUCCAGUUUCUGGAUAUGUUUCUGUAAAUGCAGAAAGCGGAGUGAUACACGCAGUGCGGUCAUUUGAUUAUGAGCAAAUUAAGCAGCUUUUAUUCACUGUCAAAGCGCAGGAUGGAGGUUCCCCUCCACUCAGUAGUAAUGUGACUGUAAAAUUAAUGAUCCAGGACCAGAACGACAACCCCCCUCAAGUCCUGUACCCAGUCCAGACUGGUGGCUCUCUGGUGGCUGAAAUGGUGCCUCGUUCAGCAGAUGUGGGCUAUCUGGUCACUAAAGUGGUGGCUGUUGAUGUGGACUCUGGACAGAAUGCCUGGCUCUCCUAUAAACUGCAGAAAGCCACAGACAGGGCGCUGUUUGAAGUGGGCUUACAGAAUGGAGAAAUAAGAACUAUCCGCCAAGUCACUGAUAAAGAUGCUGUGAAACAAAGACUGACUGUUAUAGUGGAGGACAACGGGCAGCCCUCUCGUUCAGCUACAGUCAUUGUUAACGUGGCGGUGGCGGACAGCUUCCCUGAAGUGCUGUCUGAGUUCACUGACUUUACACACGACAAGGAGUACAAUGACAACCUGACUUUUUACUUAGUGUUGGCUCUGGCUGUAGUCUCCUUCCUCUUCAUCACGUGUUUAGUGGUUAUUAUAUCAGUGAAGAUCUACAGGUGGAGACAGUCUCGCGUCCUGUAUCACUCCAGUCUCCCUGUGAUUCCAUAUUAUCCACCACGUUACUCAGACACUUUGGGGACAGGGACUCUCCAACACGUGUACAACUACGAGGUGUGCAGGACGACUGACUCCAGAAAGAGUGACUGUAAGUUCGGAGGAGCCGGUAGUCAGAACGUGCUGAUAAUGGACCCCAGUUCUACAGGGACGAUGCAGCGGAUACAGAGUGAGAAGAGCAUCCUGGAUGAACCAGACUCUCCUCUAGAGGUCAGUUAAACAUUUUAGCUUUGUCUGUGUGCCCCCUUUUGUUUUCUUUCUUUGUUUAGUUGCUUUGAUACAACCGUUGCACUCCAUGCAGUCAUUUCAGCACCAUGGACAGCAUCUCAGUUGACAUCGCCUGAUAGAA